UUUUUUUUUUUUAGUUUUUUUUUUUUUCCCGCCCUCUCCAUGCACUACUGUCUACGAGCGAAAACCACCAAACCAACCGUCAGCUUUUCAUUCUCCUAUCCAGUUGAAUUUCUCCCUGUUUUCUUUUCUUCUUCUACUUUCUCCCUUUUAAUAUCGGACUGGCAACCUUCUUUUUCUCGGCACGAUUCACUCGACCCAUAAUGCUGACUUUCUUCUUCUCUCUGGCCACAAAGCGCAUUCCCCGUACAUUUUACUCGACAUUGCUUCAAAUAUAGCACGCCUACAUACCGCAUUUCUACUCCCUAAUCAUAUUUCAUCAUAAGAUCGUCGAACUCCUGAACCGCAUGAGUUCCAUGACCUAAUACAAGAAAAGCGAUCUUUGUUUUGUUUUGUGUACACUUGCGCACAUAUUGCAUACCGCUGCAAGAUUGAACAAACUAUUUCAACGGCCUCCACCCUACCUCGAUAGCGAUUGCAUCCAUCCCCCCCAGUCGUCCCAACUUUGCGACCACCCCAAGACCCGCUACAAUUCCAUGACCUCCUCGACGAACCAUCAAUCAUCCGGCGUCAUGGCGUCCGCCGCCCGGCAGAGUCGCUUUACAAAUUAUACCAUGUCGAACGCGGGUGACAAGGCUGGUCAGACUCUAGGAGGCGGGAUAUCCUACCAAGGGCCUGACUGGAAGCGCCAAAACAUUUGGAGCAGUAACCUAGGUUCCUUCCCCAAAUCGCAGCCCCCUCCCUCUCGUGGAAACGAUGAAAACGGGCAAACCGGGGCUGGUGCGCUAGCAGCAAAGUCAGACGUUGAUUCUUGGUCAAGGAGAGGUCCUUGGGAGACUGCUGAUAACUCACAAAGAAAGAGUUCUGGGGCUACGUCGCCCACUCACACACGGGACAGCUUCAGCGAUAUCCAUGCGUCCAACAGCUUCACGACCAGCAGACCUCCGAUCAACCAAGGUCCCGGCUUCAGCUUGAAUCGUCAAAGACAAACUGCCUUCGAUACGACGUCAAAUGCCUUCCGAUACACCUCGAUGACAUCCGAUGAUACCGAAAGUCCCUCUAGCUACCCCAUAAGCAGUGGGUUCGGGGUUGAGCCGAAGCCUCUCAACAUGCGAGGCGAUUCUCGUAACGGAUACUCCGGAGGCCAGACGGGGACCGGGGAUGCAUUACAAGGCUACGAAAACGCUUACACAGGGCACGUGUCCGGGAUGGCUCACCCGGGCCGGCCCCAGCCGCACUCAUCUUCAUCCUUCCCGGCACAGUCAGGCCCCGCCCGUACGUACAGCACAACGCAGCUUGACCAGCAAGAUCUUCACGAGACCUUCAAGAGAAGCGUGACGAUCAACGAUGCUUCAGACACAGGCUCGUCCAACUUUCAGUCCUCUCGAUCCUUCCAGUUCAACCCAGGAUCUCAGCCCUGGGACUCAAACGGAGUAGCAACCUUCAAGCCUGGCCACAAUGGAUUCAGCAUCCCGGAGGCACACCAGGAAGGCAUUAUUUCUGACUAUUCAAACGGCAAGCGAGGAAGCAUACCCGACCGCAACUCUCCAGGCUUGAACAUGAGAACCAAUCUGGCAAGCCCGAGGCACAUGAGUGAGGCAUCCAUCAUCCCCAACGGCUGGGGCAGUCGGCCGGCGUCUAGGGACCCUAGGAAUGGUCUGGAGAACGAGCGGCGUGGCUCAACAAACAGCUACAUGUCAUCCAUCCACUCACACGCUAUUCAUCUCCCAGGGCAGCAACAGCCCGCCUUUUACCCGCCACACCCAUAUUAUGCACAAACCAUCCCCUCGGCUUAUCCUGCCCAGCUGUACGACCAGUACGGCAAUGGUUUCCGAACACCUGUGCCGUUUCAUCAGUUUGGUUUGCCCUACAGUCCCUAUGGUCAUACGGGCCUUCCGAUGCCUCCCCCGCACGGCAUCAAGAGUCAAGACCCCAUCACCGGUGGACGAAGCCGCCUUUUGGACGAGUUCCGCGCCACCUCCAAGUCAGCAAAGAAAUAUGAACUCAAGGACAUUUACAACUAUGUAGUCGAGUUCAGUGGUGACCAGCAUGGAUCUCGCUUUAUCCAGUCGAAGCUGGAGACCGCCAAUAGCGAUGAGAAAGACCAGAUUUUCAAGGAGCUUGAGCCUAAUGCCGUACAGCUCAUGAAGGAUGUUUUCGGCAACUAUGUCAUCCAGAAGUUUUUUGAGCAUGGCAACCAGGUUCAAAAGAAGGCUCUGGCAUCUCAGAUGAAAGGCAAAAUGGUUAGCCUCUCCACUGAGAUGUAUGCAUGCCGGGUUGUUCAAAAGGCCCUAGAGCAUGUUCUCGUUGAGCAACAGGCUGAGCUCGUCAAGGAGCUAGAGGUUGAAAUUGUCAGGAUCAUCAAGGAUGCCAACGGAAACCAUGUGGUUCAGAAGAUAAUCGAACUGGUCCCUCGCCAGUACAUUAGCUUCGUCAUGGAUUCCAUUCGGGGCCAAGUCAUUCAGCUUUCACAACACAACUAUGGCUGCCGUGUCAUUCAAAGAAUGAUGGAGCAUGGCUCCGAUGCCGACAAGGCUACCAUCAUGCAUGAGCUUCACCAGCAUGCUCCCAUGCUGACGACUGAUCCUUACGGCAACUAUGUGAUCCAGCAUAUCAUUACCCACGGGAAGCCCGAAGACCGGCAGAAGGUCAUCUCAAUCGUCCUUGGCCAGAUUGUGCUGCUUUCUAAGCACAAGUUGGCCUCGAAUGUCGUUGAAAGAUGCAUCGUUAGUGGCACGGCUGAAGACCGCACCGCGAUCCGCAAGAUCAUCACAACUCCAGGACCAGAUGGCACCAGUCCCCUUCAGCUCAUGAUGAAGGAUCAAUAUGCGAACUAUGUAGUCCAAAAACUGCUCGAGAAACUCAACGGAGCCGAAAGGCAGGCAUUUGUUGAGGAGAUGAAGCCACAGUUCAAUUCGCUCAAGAAGGUCAGCAAUGGCCGGCAGAUUGCUGCCAUCGAUCGCUUGAUGUCUGCCGUCGGUAGCGGCGCGGGAUCUGCUGCCGCGGCGGGUCUCCAGGUCGAUGUCACCUCUGCUGCUCCUACGCCAAACUUGACGAUGGAGCCGAACACACCCCAGAGCACUAGCCCUCCCAGCACAGACUCAAGCACUCAUGACGACGUCACGUCGGAUGAGUCCAAUGGAGGGGCCGAAAAGAUCCACUCGCCUACCGCGGGAACCUGCCCUCAGGUUCGCAUCGACGAGGCAUGAAGUGCAGCCUGCUAACAGGCCUCUAUCUUGACACGCUUGUCACAUGACUGUUUAUAUGCCGGCCGACACGGCUUUGCAACCAUUUAACCAGCGAGCGACUCAUAUACAAAGGCAUAUAGACUAGCCUUUUCUUGUACCACGACCAGAUUCGAUGAGAUACCUUCGAAAAGUCUCGUUUCGAUAUACUGUUUCCAUAACGUAUCUACUAAUGAUGGGAAUGUCUGGGGACACCUCUUGAUAUACGGGCGGGGUCUCUUUUUAUUCAUAUUUUCUUUUAUUUAUUUCUGGGGACAUAUACAUGCUGGACACCAGGUUUUUUUUUAUUUGGUGGGGAAAAAAAGAAACGAGAAAAGAAAGCUCACAUGCGGAUGAGAAGGUUGCUGUUCAAUAAUGCGCCUUCUUAUCCUGGGAGUAUUUUGAUGACCAACCCAGUUCUUGUUCAUUUUUUUCUGGAUUCUUAUUCCGAUUCUCAUUCUGUUUUCAUACUUUGGGUUGGCCGUAUAUCUUGAAAGUUUUUUUCCUUUGUUCUUUGCCAAAGGUCACACUGGAAAUUGGAUGUUGGUUUGUGGAAAGGGAAUCAAGGAGGCGUACUUGUGAGCGGGAUGAUAUCGAAAUGAUCUACGUAUAAGGGUUAUAGCCUGUUUCGUAAUUGAAUUAUUCAAAA